AUGGUACCCAGUCUCACCCUUCGCUCCUCACCCUUUGCACCUCACCCCUUUGCACCUCACCCCUUUGCACCUCACCCCUUUGCACCUCACCCCUUUGCACCUCACCCCUUUGCACCUCACCCCUUUGCACCUCACCCCUUUGCAUCUCACCCCUUUGCACCCCACCCCUUUGCACCCCACCCCUUUGCACCCCACCCCUUUGCAUCUCACCCCUUUGCACCCACGAGCAGCAAGUGGAAGAAGAGGGGCCACACGGAUUCCUGCCGAGCUGCACGAUUCGCUGCCAAUGGCCGAUUUGUGGUGUCAGCAGCAGCGGACAAGUCCAUUGUGGUUCGAGAUGUGGAGACGGGGGAGCGAGUGAGCAAGGUCAUGGGCGCUCACAGUGAGGGAAUCAACCGGUUGGCAUGUUGGGGUGACUCCUGUGUGGCUUCCGGUGAUGAUUCCGGCACAGUCAAGUUAUGGGAUCUCAGGCAGGAUGGCAGUGCAGUGGGCAGCACAGCCACGGUACAAGUAGCAUCAGACUAUCUCACUGACAUCCGCCCCCUACCCGCCUGCAAUCGCCUGCUUGCCGCCAGUGGCGAUGGCUCCAUGGCUGUUGUCGACCUCGCAACCAACCGACUCACAGCACACACGGACAGCACAGAUGAUGACCUGCUCUCGAUUGUGGCAGUCAAGAGCGACUCCAAGGUGGUGUGUGGCUCUCAGAGCGGGCUGCUCUACUUCUUCAACAUGAAUGGAGCGGAGCGAGACAAUGAUCGGUUUCGAGGUCACGGAGGUUCAGUGGAUGCCAUUGUGCCUUUGGACGACGACACGCUACUCACAGCCUGCUCCGAUGGGCUCAUCCGAGUGGUGUCUGUCUUCCCCAACCGUUUUCUGGAUGUCGUCGGAUCGCACACCGACGCUGCUGUGGAGGCACUGGCACUCUCUCACGAUCACAACGUGCUUGUGAGCGCAGGGCACGACCAGAAGCUCAAGGCGUGGGACAUUGCAGGAAUUUUGGAUGAGGAGGAAGACGGAGAGGACGGGGAGGAGGAGGAGGAGGAAGAGGAGGAGAAGCAAGAUGAAAAGAAUGAAGCAGGAGAUACUGCAGUGGCAAAUGGAAAAGAUUCAAAUGAGCUGGCAUCUGCUGCUGCUGGUGCUGAUGAAACGGGAGUGGGAAAUGGAGGGGCAAAACUAGCAGCGGACGGUGCAGGGGUGGGGAAGGAGCAGAGUGAUGCUGAUAUAAGAAGAGGUGGUGAUUGUAAGGGGAGUGACAGUGACAGUGAGCAAGGAGGAGGUGGGAGAGAUAGUGACCCCAACAGCAGCGACGACGACGGGGGCAAGGGAGGACGUGCACUGGGGCGAGAUCAGCAUGGUGGACACAUCCAGCGCGGAGAGGCGCCUGCUAGCCAACGAUGGCUGGCGUGCACUGGGGACGUGCACUGGGGUGAGAUCACCAUGGUGGACGCAGAACGCCGCCUGCUAGUCAACACUGGUGGUGUACAUUCAUCCCAUCCCCCAUCGCCCCCUCAUUCCCCAUCUCGCCAUCUCGCCAUCUCCCCCAUCCCCUCUCUCACCCCUCAGGACGUGCACUGGGGUGAGACCAGCAUGGUGGAUGCGGAAUGCCGACUGCUAGCCAACGCCCUCCUGGACCCGGGAAACGCACGCUUCAUCCUCGUUUCAGAGUCCUGCGCCCUCAUUCCCACUCUUCCCCACUCCCCAUCGCCCCCAACCCCCUUUCUCCCACCCCAGGAUGUGCACUGGGGCGAGAUCAGCAUGGUGGAUGCAGAAAGACGCCUGCUAGCCAACGCUCUCCUGGACCCAGGCAAUGCACGGUUCAUCCUCGUUUCAGAGUCCUGCGCUCCCCUCUUUAACUUCACAUUCGUUUACGAGUACCUCAUGGCCUCGCCCGAAGCAUACGUUCGUUUGAAGAACGAGCCGGGGACAAACGGGCGGGGGAGGUGGCGGAGGGAGUUUCUGCCUCUGGUUCGUUUGGAAGACUGGAGGAAGGGAGGACAGUGGUUUGCCAUGGAUAGGGAAGCGGCUAGGGUUAUUGUCGCGGACGAUAUUUUCUAUCCCCUUUUUAAGCGGUUCUGCAGGCCGCCGUGUUACGCGGACGAGCACUACAUGCCGACUAUGCUGAAAGUGCUUAUGCCGGGAAAUGUGGCGAAUAGGACGGUUACUUGGACGGAUUGGUCUAAGCCUGGUGCUGCGCAUCCUGCGCAGUUUGGUUCGGCUGCAGCCGCCAUAGACUCUACCGAGGCACUCUAUAACGCGCUGAUUCGUGCCUCCGCCAGACUCGCCGGCUCUGGCGGCGCCGGUGGCGGAGGCGCCGCGAACGCGUCAGCGGCGUCGCUAGCGUGGACCGCGAGCCUGCUGCGCGACACGGGCGUGGACCAGGAGGUGAUUAACGCGCGGAACUCGGGGCUCGGCGCGCUGCUGGUGGCGCCGACUAACUACGCGUGGCAGCAGUUCUUCGACGUGCUAGAGCGAGCCAACGCGAAGCAACCCGCGGGGACGUGGCCAGACGUCUUUGUGGGCUAUCCAAGCGUCACCGCAACCGCCCUCGUAGCUGCAGCCAGCAGCAUCACCACCCCUUCCUCCUCCAGCCCUCCCAACAUCACCCGCACCUUCAGCAACCUCUCCGCGCCUCUGAACCUGGACGCCCUGUCGCCCGAGGGGACGGCUGCCCUGAGAGGCGUGCUGCUGCUGCACGUCACGGGAGCAUACCACCUGGAGAGACAGCUGGAAGAAAUGGCAAUUCCCAAUGCAAGCAAUCCGCGCCAGUACACUCCCUUCCUUUCCCCCCUCCCUCCCCCCCUCCCUCCCUCCCUUCCCACCUCCUUUCCCUCCCUCCCUUCCCCCCUCCUUUCCCUCCCUCCUUUCCCCCGCUCUCCUCCCAUAGGCCCCCCAGCACGGGCACAUAUAGGCGUGGGGACCAACCAAACCAUUCAGAUCCGCAUAGACUCUGACAGGUCGCUUCCCUCCCCACUCCCCGCCCCCCCUCUCCCACAGGCACCCCAGCACGGGCACAUAUACGCGGUGGGGACCAACCAGACGAUUCAGAUCCACAUAGAGUCGGACAAGUCGCUGGUGUUCCGCGUGCCGGCCAACGCCAACACGCCUGUGAGGGACAGCCCCUACACCGCCUACUCUGUCACGGCAGCCGCCACUGUGCUGCCCGCCCUCAAGGAUGCCGUUGCUGAUGGCAGGCUGGCCGUGCAGGGCGCUGACCACGUGCUGGUUCCCCCCACCGGGCCUGCCAACGCGGGAGGAAAAGGUAGGCUAGUAGAUCUAGUGAAGGGUUUUGUGUAG